AAUUAAUCUCUACGCUUCUCUCUCUGCAAUUACUCCUUGAAAGCAUCUCUCUCUAGAAUAUCGAGUAUUGCUGACUUGAGCGUUGGAGUGUUUUCUCCGAGGAAACAACCUCGGGAUUUUCAGGUGUAGAAGCAGCUGAGGAUUUCAACAGUGUUGGACUGCGAAGCUACCCAAACAUUUGGCGCCAUCUGUGGGAAACUAAACAAGAAGCUGUGUAGCUUAACUUGCUGAAAGACAAGAUGGUUCGUAUUUUUACAGGAGGUUGCCCUCCAAGAAAUGAAAUGGACGAACAGGAGGACGUUCAACUAUCUGAGCUCGGCUUGAAUGACUUUAGGCCAAUGCCAAGAAACCUUUUCGUCGGAGGAGCAGAACAGGAUCACCUAAGUGAAACGGACGACGAUGAAAGAACACCAACUGGGUACGCAACUCAGCCUAAACCGUUCCAAGGUCCAACAGGAACGAGACAGAGACAUUCUAGACCAUACAAUUCACAGCAUGAACGACCUGAAAGGUCAACAGAACCUGCUCGGACAACCGAGCUUAAAGAGAGAACCAGAGUUCUCAAAAUGGCAAUGGGGAUGCACAAGGUUGUUGCCACUCGAAACUCCUCCGCUCUGAGCAAUGUAGUAGUGCCGACCAAACCAAGGGGAAGCGGAAGGUUGAACAACGAGCCUAGCUCAUCAAAACACAGCGAAGAACUGAUAAGAAAGAAUGUAGACCUUGAAAGGCAGCUACGGGACGUACAGAAAUCCAUCGACGAGCUGAAAAGCCCCAGGUCGCAUCAACAAACCCUUGAUUUAGAUAGUGCCCCGCUGAACCUAUCCAUCACAGCGGAACCGUAUCAAGAGGGGUUCAAAAUCCCCCAUUUAGAGACAUAUGAUGGCUCAGGUGACCCAGAUGAACACCUGCACACCUAUCAGGCCAUCAUGAGAAUCCAAAAUGCCAACGAUGCCAUGAUGUGCAAAUUCCUAGAUGACCUGUCGGAAAAUCCACCAAAGACGUGGAACGAAGUCAAUGACAGGUCGGCUAGCUUCAUACUGUCAGAAGACUUCCAGUCGUCAAAGCGAGGAGCUGAUGACAAACAGAGCAAAGGCAAUGAGCAGCUACCAAGGAGGGAGGAAAAGAAAAAGCAGAAACUCAAUGAACCAUGGGGGAAACCAGCUGAAUUCCCGAAAUAUGCUAACUACAUCCCUCUGACCUUGCCGAGGUCUCAAAUCCUGGCACAAAUACAGCACUGGAUUAGAAGACCCCCGCCCCCAUUGCACGAUUCUCCGAGAGUAGAUAAAAGAUAUGUCCAGAAGCCUCAUACCCAACAACCACCUCAAACUCACUUCGUGCAGGGGUAUGACCGACCUCAGGGGCAGAGGUACCAGCUCGGCAAUGCUCAGGACGUUUAUUAUGAUAAUCCAUAUCCUUCUGAGCAAGGCAAAGCGAACAGGGGCCGUCAGUUCAAUAGGCGAGGCCAAGGCACAAUAAACAUGAUCUCGGGUGGUAUGCAUUCCGGAGGCCAAAGCGCUCGAGGCCGUAAGGCGUAUGCCCGGCAGGUGAUGACCGUUGACAAGAACAGACCUUUGAAGCGGCCGUUCGAGGAGGCGGAGUGGGAGAAUGCAACCAUCACAUUCAGCCCAGCAGAUUAUAAGCGAGCAGACGGAGAGCUAGACGUUAUGAUGCCUCACGUAGAUCCAUUUGUGGCGACGGCCCAUAUAGGCAAUCAUAAUGUCAACAAGGUCUUUAUUGAUACGGGUAGCUUGCCAGAUAUCCUUUAUUGGAGCUGCUUACAAAAGAUGCAGUUGAAGCCGAGCUCGCUACAAAAAUAUGAAGGACCCAUCUAUGGGUUCAAUAAUCAGCUCGUCCCGGUAGAAGGAGUUAUUACCCUUCCCAUCUAUGUGGGCUCAGAACCACGGUUCAGGAUGGCUUCCGUUACUGUCCUGGUUGUCAAGAUGGAGUCAACUUUCAAUGCUAUAUUGGGAAGAGCCACCCUUUGCGAGUUGAAGACCAUUAUUUCUCAACCCCAUCUUUGUAUGAAAUUCCCAACUCCUAAGGGGGUAGGAGUACUUAAGGGGAACCAGAAAAUGGCCAGAGCCUGUUAUCAAGAUACGUUCAAGAAGGUUGACCUCGCUGCAACACCGGCAGGUUUUGAGAAUCAAAGGCCAACUCAGCCCGGUCAGCAGACAAUGAGCAUAUCAAACAUCGAGCAUCGACCUGAGGGUGUCGAGCAGAAGGCAGAGCCGGUGGAGCCAGUAGAAACAGUCCCUCUAGACCCUGAUGUGCCAGAAAGGACGGUUAAGAUCGGCACCAAGCUCACAGAAGAAGAACGGGCAGAGCUACUGGAAUUUCUGAGGGUUAAUCAGGAUGUGUUUGCGUGGACUGCGGAUGAAAUGCCUAGCAUCCCAACAGAAUUGACAGUCCACAAGCUCAGCACAGACCCCACUAGAAAGCCGAUGGUUCAGAAGCAUCGCCUUUUUGGCCCUGAGAAGCAAGCUGCCACAGAUGAAGAAAUACAAAAGCUGCUACAGGCAGGCUUCAUCAUAAGAUUCGAAUACUCUGAGUGGGUGUCCAAUCCGGUGCUAGUUAAAAAAUCGAAUGGCAAGUGGAGGAUGUGUAUUGAUUUCACCAAUUUGAAUGAGGUGUGUCCAAAAGACCCUCAUCCCUUGCCAAAUGUUGAAAAGUUAGUAGAGCGGGCAGCCAGACACGAACGGAUGAGCUUUCUUGAUGCCAACUCGGGUUAUCACCAGGUCCAGCUAUUGUUAGACGACCAGGAGAAAACAGCUUUUUACGUUGGUGAUGCAAUCUAUUGCUAUGUGAUGAUGCCCUUUGACCUAAAAAAUGCUGGCGCUACAUAUCAAAAGCUGGUACAAAUCAUCUUUAAGCUCCAGAUCGGCAGAAACAUAGAAGUGUAUGUGGAUGACAUGAUAGUCACCAGCGUGCGAGCUGAGGAUCAUAUAGACGACCUAAGUGAGACCUUUCAAAAUUUGCGUCGGGCCCAAAUGAAGCUGAAUCCCCUGAAGUGCACGUUCGCUGUAGAAUCAGGAAAAUUCCUAGGGUACGUGGUAUCCAAGAAAGGAAUUGAAGUGAACCCAGAGAAGGUUCUGGUCGUUCAGCAGAUGGAGCCUCCCAAGACUGUAAAGGAUGUGCAGCGCCUGACAGGUCGUGUAACCGCGUUGCACAGAUUCAUAGCUAGGUCGGCAAAAAGGUGCCUACCGUUUUUCAAAGCCUUGCGAGAGCCCAAGCACUUUCAAUGGAUCGACGAGUGUCAACGGGCGUUCGACGAGCUCAAGCAGUAUCUGGCAUCUGCACCCCUACUGUCCAAGCUUGUGGAAGGGGAGAGUUUAUACGUAUACAUGGGGGUUACAGGAGAGGCAGUGAGCUCAGUCUUGCUCAAGGAAGAGAACAAGAAUCAGAAGCCUAUCUGCUACGUGAAUAAGGUUUUACAAGGUGUAGAGCAGAACUACCCAUUAGCAGAAAAAACUGCCUUUGCCUUGGUUUACACAGCUUCGACUAAAGAAGAAAAAGCACCCGAACACCCAGUCUGGGUUUUGCAUGUUGAUGGAGCUGCUAACGUUGAAGGAUUGGGUGCUGGGGCUAUCCCUCAUUUACGGAUUGAAGCCCUCAUUUACGGAUUGAAGCUGGCGUCCGAGCUAAAGGUGCAAAGCAUUCAGGUGCAAAGCAUUCAGGUUUUCAGCGACUCUCAGCUCGUUGUGGGCCAGGUGAAUGGCAGUUGUGAAAUCAGGGAUCCCCAGCUCGGUCGUUAUGCCUCUGUGGUCAAUAGAUUGAAGUCAAUGUUUGUCUUUUUCCAAAUUGAUAAAAUACCAAAAGCAGACAACCACCGAGUUGACGAGCUGUCAAAGUUGGCCUCCUCACAGGACCUUAACCCUCAGAGAUCGACGAUUGUCGAGGUGCUUGACGCCCCGAGCUACACCGAUCUCACAGUUAAAUGCCAGAUGCUAAGCACAGAUCCCUCCUCACCAAGCUGGACUACCUCGCUCAUUAAUUAUCUGCGAAGUGGCGAGCUACCUGAAGAUUCAUCCGCUGCAAAGUUGGUCAGACGCAGAGCGGCACAUUUCACUUUGAUAGAUAAUCAGCUUUACAAACGAGUAGCCUCAAUGCCCCUGUUACGUUGCCUUACUCCUUAUGAAGCUAAGUACGUCGUGAGGGAAGUUCAUGAAGGAGUAUGUGGUACACACAUAGGAGGCAAGACUUUAGCUCGAAAACUCCUUAGGCAGGGAUAUUACUGGCCAACUAUGGUUGAAGACGCACAGAAUUAUGUCAAGAAGUGCCCAACCUACCAGUUCAAUGCUGACGAUAUCCACAUGCCAGGUAUCCGAGCUCAUUCUACAGUUUAUUCUAACCUAGUGACUGCCUAUAAACUGAGCAUAAGUACCUUCCUCGAAACAGGGGAAAUGCUAUCAUCUCUUACGUUCGGCAUACCUAAACAGAUCAUAGCUGACAAUGGUCCGCAGUUUCGAGCCACAACACUGAGGUCAUUCUGCAAUGAUUAUGGAAUUGAGCUCGCCUUGACAUCUGUGUAUACUCCACAAUCCAAUGGGCAAGCCGAGUCCGCCAAUAAAAUCGUCUUGCGUGGCCUCAAGACACGUGUUUUGGCUGCACAUACUAAUUGGGUUGACGAGCUCAAUAAAGUGCUUUGGUUAUGUCGCACUACACCCAGCUCAGCCACAGGCGACACCUCGUUUAGCCUGGCAUAUGGAGCUGAGGCCGUCAUCCCUGUCGAGGCCGGAUUGUCAUCUGAUAGAUCAGAUCGUCAUGAUGAUCAUGAUAAUGGGCAACUCUUAAGAGAGAUCCUUGACCUAAUGGAGGAAGUCAGGGAGAUGGCUCGAAUUAGAAACAUGGCGCACCAAAGUCGUGUUGCAAAGUUUUAUAACAAAAGAGUUCGAGCUCAUCAGUUUCAGGUCGGCGAUCUAGUUCUGCGUAAAGCUGGAUUAACUAAUACUUAUUCGCACAUGGGCAAGUUCGCUCCUAAUUGGGAAGGCCCUUAUAUGGUUAUUAAUAUUAAGCGACCUGGGUGUUACUAACUAGCAGAUUUACAAGGUCGUCCGUUACCAUUUAUCUGAAACAUACACAACCUUAGAAAGUUUUACAGUUAACAUUUUGAUGUUAUUGUCUUAAUUCAAAUUAUCGUCAAUCAAAUGUAAAAAGCAUGUAUAGAACAGUACAAAGCAAUAUACACAGAAAUCUUGA